GCCACCCUAGCCUGAGCCGAUCCUCAGCCCGCGGCCGCUGCUGCGUCCAGGUCCUGCUCUCAGGCUGCGCCGCGCUCCUCCCUAGGCCCGCUGCGCUCCACGGCCAUGCAGCGGCGGGGCGCCUUGUUCAGCGUGCCGGGCGGCGGGGGGAAGAUGGCUGCAGGAGACCUGGGCGAGCUGCUGGUGCCUCACAUGCCCACGAUCCGCGUGCCCAGGUCGGGGGACCGCGUCUACAAGAACGAGUGCGCCUUCUCCUACGACUCCCCGAACUCUGAAGGUGGACUCUAUGUAUGCAUGAAUACAUUUCUGGCCUUUGGAAGGGAACACGUUGAAAGACAUUUUCGAAAAACCGGACAGAGCGUGUACAUGCAUCUGAAGAGGCACACGCGAGAGAAGGUAGGAGGGGCCUCUGGUGGAGCUUUACCAAAAAGGAGAAAUUCCAAAAUAUUUUUAGAUCUAGAUAUGGAUGACGAUUUAAAUAGUGACGAUUACGAAUACGAAGACGAAGCCAAACUUGUUAUAUUCCCAGACCACUAUGAAAUAGCCCUUCCUAACAUUGAAGAGUUGCCAGCCCUGGUAACAAUUGCUUGCGAUGCAGUGCUCAGCUCAAAGUCCCCGUACAGGAAGCAGGAUCCAGACACAUGGGAAAACGAAGUGCCAGUUUCGAAGUAUGCCAACAACCUCGUGCAACUGGACAACGGGGUCAGGAUUCCUCCUAGUGGCUGGAAGUGUGCCCGAUGUGACCUGCGGGAGAACCUCUGGUUGAAUCUGACUGACGGCUCUGUUCUGUGUGGGAAGUGGUUCUUCGACAGCUCAGGGGGCAAUGGCCACGCCCUGGAGCACUACAGGGACAUGGGCUAUCCUCUGGCCGUGAAGCUGGGCACCAUCACACCUGAUGGGGCAGACGUUUAUUCUUUUCAAGAAGAGGGGCCUGUUUUGGAUCCUCAUUUGGCCAAGCACUUGGCACAUUUUGGGAUCGACAUGGUUCACACGCAAGGGACAGAGAACGGGCUCCGGGACAAUGACAUCAAGCCGAGAGUCAGCGAGUGGGAAGUGAUGCAGGAGUCAGGGUCUAAGCUGAAGCCGAUGUACGGCCCGGGGUACACGGGCCUGAAGAACCUGGGCAACAGUUGCUACCUCAGUUCUGUCAUGCAGGCCAUCUUCAGCAUCCCAGAGUUCCAGAGAGCGUAUGUAGGAAAUCUCCCAAGGAUAUUUGACUACUCGCCGUUAGAUCCAACACAGGACUUCAACACACAGAUGACUAAGUUGGGACAUGGCCUCCUCUCUGGCCAGUACUCGAAGCCUCCGGUGAAAUCUGAGCUCAUUGAACAGGUGAUGAAGGAGGAGCACAAGCCUCAGCAGAAUGGGAUCUCUCCACAAAUGUUCAAGGCCUUUGUCAGCAAAAGCCACCCGGAAUUCUCUUCCAACAGACAGCAGGAUGCCCAGGAAUUUUUCUUGCAUCUGGUCAAUCUGGUAGAGAGGAAUCGCAUUGGCUCAGAAAACCCCAGUGAUGUUUUCCGGUUUUUGGUGGAAGAGCGAAUUCAAUGCUGUCAGACCAGAAAGGUCCGCUACACGGAGAGGGUGGACUACCUUAUGCAGUUACCUGUGGCCAUGGAGGCGGCAACCAACAAAGAUGAGCUGAUUGCCUAUGAACUAAUGCGGAGGGAAGCAGAAGCCAACAGAAGACCGCUUCCUGAGCUGGUGCGCGCCAAGAUCCCAUUCAGUGCCUGCCUUCAGGCCUUUGCCGAGCCUGACAAUGUGGAUGAUUUCUGGAGCAGCGCUCUGCAGGCCAAGUCUGCAGGGGUCAAAACAUCUCGCUUUGCCUCAUUCCCCGAAUACUUGGUAGUGCAGAUAAAGAAGUUCACUUUUGGUCUUGACUGGGUUCCCAGAAAAUUUGAUGUUUCUAUUGAUAUGCCAGACCUACUAGAUAUCAGCCAUCUCAGAGCCAGGGGCUUGCAGCCAGGGGAAGAGGAGCUUCCUGACAUCAGUCCCCCCAUAGUCAUUCCUGAUGACUCAAAAGACCGCUUGACGAACCAGUUGAUAGACCCCUCUGACAUUGACGAGUCCGCGGUGAUGCAGCUGGCUGAGAUGGGCUUCCCCUUGGAAGCCUGCAGGAAGGCCGUGUACUACACCGGGAACACGGGAGCCGAGGUGGCCUUCAACUGGAUUAUCAUGCACAUGGAGGAGCCGGAUUUUGCUGAACCGCUGGCCAUACCUGGGUAUGGAGGGGCUGGGGCCUCUGUCUUUGGUGCUACUGGAUUGGAUAACCAGCCUCCUGAGGAAAUCGUAGCUAUUAUCACCUCCAUGGGAUUCCAGCGAAAUCAGGCAGUGCAGGCUCUACAAGCAACAAAUCAUAACCUGGAAAGAGCGCUGGACUGGAUCUUCAGCCACCCCCAGUUUGAAGAGGACAGUGACUUUGUGGUCGAGAUGGAGAAUAAUGCGAAUGCAAACAUUGUGUCUGAGGCCAAACCAGAGGGUCCCAGAGUCAAGGAUGGGUCUGGAAUGUACGAGUUGUUUGCGUUCAUCAGUCACAUGGGAACAUCUACAAUGAGUGGCCAUUAUGUUUGCCAUAUCAAGAAGGAAGGACGAUGGGUGAUCUACAAUGACCACAAAGUUUGUGCCUCAGAAAGGCCCCCCAAAGACCUGGGCUAUAUGUACUUUUACCGCAGGAUACCAAGCUAAACCUCACAAGAAUUGGCGAGAAGAAGCCAUACACCUUUUUAAUUUGCCAAAAAAGAAAAAGAGGAAAUAAAAAAAGAAAAAGAAAAAAGGAAAAAUAAAGGAAAAAAGUUGGGACAGCUGGAUGCCGAGGCCUUCGUGGGUAUUUAUUGCUUCUUUCAAGCGCAUGGUCACUCGACGCCUUCUGGAGAGGAACUGGGAAGAAAUCUCUAUUGGCUGCAAUAUUCCGUCGUAGGGGAUUUUUGUGACUGUUCAGGGAGAGGGUGCUGGAAACAAAGACACUGGCCACCAGCCCGUCAGAUAGGCCUCGAUGUCUUUCCCUCUCGUCUGUUUUGGGGGUCACUGGUGAGGGCCCCCCCUACAGUGAGAAAAAUGCCCACUUUUAAAAUUUUCCAUAGAGGAAAUCAAAACCUCGACUGGCUUCUAUGGGAAGCACUGUGUUUCAUUUCCCACAGUAAGUUCUGACCUAGCUGUGUGUACUAGGACAUCUACAGCGGAAGCUAUUUUUAAUUUAAAUCACAUCGAACUUUAUAUGAUACUGUAUGAGUGUGUGAGAGUGUGAGAGUGUGUGUGUGUGUGUGUGUGUGUGUGUGUGUGUGUGAGACCUUUGUAGUCCACUGGAUAUCUGCUGGAUUGGUGUUCAAAGGCUAAAUAGUUGCUGUCAAGCAUAUUUGGAAAAGGCAGGCAAACAUCUUUAAAAAUUAUAACUCAGGAACAGUUGUUAAAAGUGAGUUCCCCACUUGGAUUUUAAAGAGUACGGAGAGCGGAACUGUGGCCUCUAAGUGCUGUCUGGCAUUCAUGUGGGUCCGUGUCAUGUGACAGCGAUGCCAGGUGCCUAAGUCUUCUCACACUGAGCUCUGCCAAGGGCGGAUGGCAUCUCUUCCUCAGCAGCCGCAGCGCCUUCCCUCAAAGCUUUGUGUUUAGUUUCUGUGAAAUGACUGGCCUCUCACGAUCGUGCUUACUCCCUGGGAUCAUGUCAAAUGCCCGUGAUUUGUCUGAUUUUCUGGUCUCUGAAGUUUCUUACACUUUUACAUCUCUGCUUACUGCUGGGGCCAGUUUUCCCUCUGCCUUCACUGCCUUUCUGCUGUGACCCAUGGUGUGACCUGGGGCACUUUAAGGUUGUGAGCUACAGAGAUGCUUCUGUUGCAGCUGCAAAGCCGGCCUUUCCACCUGGUCAUUUCAGCAUCCUAGUUGUGGCCUGAGAUCAGAACAGAGUUGUGGAUGUGCCGUGGAGAGGAACCAGAGCUCUCUGUCAUUUUCUUACUGCUUUUCAUCAAAUUCCAGCCCCUCGAGUUUCUAGGUCAGAUUAUUGAUCAAGUGGAAAAGGAUUUCCUGCUGUCUGCUUGACAUGUGCUUGUUUGAUUGAUCUUUUAGAAAGUGCAGAGAAAUGAAGUUGACUGGCAUGGGCUGAGGGAAGCAGAGGCAUCUGGUUGGGAUGGGAUGAGUUUGAACACUCAAGAGUUCAAACCCCGGGGCCCUGUCUCAAGGAAGAUCCUGUGUAAGCCUGGGCUGUGGAGCUACAGCUAGAGACCUGGGUGCAUCUGGGUGCUGUCUUAGUUAGCCAUGGGCUGGUCCUUCCUUUGAUCUGUGCCUCACUUUCCCUAUCUGCAUAGUGGUCAGGUGACAUCCGCCCCCUUCUAGCAGGCUUAGAUCGGUUCUGAAGAACCUUCACAGAACAGAAGGUGGAAUGCGGUAGGCCCACUAGAGUGCCCUCCUGACUGAUCCAAUGCUUUUUCCAUUUGGGAAUAAACGACAUGACAGGAAGGAGGAGCUCCUGAUGCUGUAAUUAUCUCUGAUACUGUCCCACUGAGGCACCUUUGAGGCCUGGCUCAGAGAUCCUCAGUCUCUGUUGUGUGUGUCCCUGACCAGCACCCCUACCCCUGUACCCCCCCCCCCCCAAACUGGAAAUUCCCACACUAAACAGCCUUACAAGACACAGUCCUUAUAGGGCCACAUAUAGGAUAACGACUGAACUUGCACUUUUAGUGGCUGGCUUGCAGUGUUACAAACAAAGGCCCUUCACUCGGGCAGGGGCAUCUCAGGAGGUUUGAAUUCAAAUGUGGUCAAAGAUAGCGUGUAUAUUUUGAACAAAAUAAAAGAUUUUAUAAAAUUUUGCAAACUCGAUGUUGUAAAAAUCCACAUGAAAGAUUUUAGGCUAUAAACCAUUUAAUUUCAUUAGGUAGAAGAAGCAAAUUAACCCUUCCGACGCCAAGACAUCCUUGUAGAAAGCAUAUAAUGGCUGCCUCUUCCCCGCCUCAAACACAAGGGCUAUUCACAGCAAGGUUUUGUAUAUGCGCUAUUCUUCAUUCAGAUCGGGAGCUGGACGCGCUGGUGUGGGCAGUGCCUUGCUUUCUCAUUAGAACCGCGCUUGCAUGUGUCUCCUGGUAUACGCAAACUAAGCUCUCUGGAGUACCAGUGGGACAAACCACUUAUCUUACACAUGUGUGUAGACUGGACACGUGUGGCCGCGACUGGAACAGUGUGGGUUGUGUCUGCUGACCCACCGGCUAGGAGUCUUCUGUGUGAGCUGUGGCGUGAUUGUGUGUCUCUCCCUCCAUGUGUAAGCAUCUGUGUGGAGGACAGCGCUUUCUUCCUGUAAGCACCUUUUGAUGUUCAUUUGUGUAGACUCCCAGUAUGUCUUUGGAAAAUGGAUCUGUCUUGUUGCUUGGUCGAAAUACCCAA